AUGUGGGUUAGGUUAGUACGCAUUGUGCUGAUUAUCGCGGUGGUAGAUGCACGAAAGCUGACCAAAAGCGACGCCGUGGAUGCCGAUCGAAGCGCUUCCAGUGGAUCGAGCGAAGCGGAGAUUUUUGUGAGCCACGACAACAAUGGAAAGGCGGUGGUGUCCAAGAAGUACUUGGAUCCACCGCCGGGGAAGAAUGUCUACAUGGUGAAACGUGUGAAUUCCAAGCCUAUAGUGGCAACAGAGCCUUUGGUUGGCGUGACGAGUAGCAGUUGGUCUAAAAUUUUGAACCAACUUGGUGAUGUGCAUGAAGUGGCAUCCAGUGAAGAGGAAGAGCAGUUGAUGUCUCCUUUGGAUAUUAGAGUAAGGGAAAGUCAUGAGGAAGUGUUAGGCAAGGUAGAUAGUGAACAAAGGACAGCAAAGAGUCCCAGUGAUCCGAUGGUUAUUGCACAGAAAUUGUUUCCGGUAUUGUUGCGACGAGCCAUGGAAAACGCAGUGCAAAAUAUUUCACAGCAUACUAGAAACGGGCUGAAGGAUGAAUUGUCAAAAACCAAGAGGAAUUCGGAGACUAAUCAUGAACUGGAGAAAAUCAUGAAUCGUUUGCUAGGAAAUUCACAACCUAGCGUCGUUGGCACUCACAAGGGUGAAAUUGACAGAAGUCUCAAGCGUAGAAGGUCAUAUCUAGACAAACAGUUUUACUACAAUAAUAACAUUCCUCCUUAUGUAGUGAACAUAUUCAAUAAUUCACAUAUUGGUUAUUUGGUGGUGAAACCCGAUUGUAACGAUACUGUAGAUAGUAUGAAAAAUUGUUUUGGACCGUCUUCUGUAAUGUACGGUCACAUACCUCAAUCGCUGAAUUUCACUUUCGCAUUGCCCAACUCCAAUAUUCCUUGUGUACAUCAGUGCAGUUGUGGUUCACUUAGCAUGGAUUCAGUGUCAUCUUGUGAUCAAUGUCAAGAUGUUCAGCAAAAACCUUGUGUUGCAUCUUUUGAAAAAGCUUCAACUUCAAUCACCUCAACGACCCCAUUGACGGCCACUGUUAUUACCACUACAACUACCCCGUGUCCACUGGAAACAGCCACACAGUUUCAAUCACCAUGUGAUCCGGCUACGACACCUUGUGGCCACCCGGAAGUGACCACGACAUACUAUCCGGCCCCUUUCUAUCAUCCUAUGCCAAUCCACAGCAUUCCAGAAUGUCAAAUCCAACCAUGGCAUAAGUUUCAUCAGAAAGAAUUCUUCCCUAGGCAACAAUUCUUCGUUUCCCGUCCCAAAUAUGGCGAACGAGUAUUCUGUGACCCAUGCAAACAAUUUGCAUAUGCACCCCAAAGUGAUGAAUGUGACUGCAGCCAUGAAGAUGAUUACCAGUCUGAGAACCGCCACGUCAAGCGAGAACCACAGGAAGCUCCUCGCACUUCCAAGCGCAAACCCCAAUAUCACAUGCAGUCAACGACGACAGUCACUCCCCUUCAGCCACGGUCAUUGACACAUUCUGAGGAAGCCGUACGAUUGAUCAUUGAUCUACCUCCGGCCUUCAAUUCGGAGGAGAUUCGUGGCGACACUCACCUGAGGAAUACGCUGGCUAAAAUAGGUUUGUCGCUUGAUACAGAGAGACCACCAUUGGCGAAACCCGUCGGGAAAAGUCGUUACAGAACUCUAGCACCAACACGGAGUCAUCGAAUACAACAGAACAAGCAGAAAAACCGCGAAACGACCGAAAAGUCUCAGACGAAAGCCCCCCGAGCUACGAUCGCUCCUGCAAUGCUGCUGUUUUAGACAAGUCAAUAAAC